AUAAAAUAGCUGUUAUUACAUUGUUAUGUAUAUCGAAUAUUUUUAUUUACGUUUAAUUUUGAUAUAGCUAAUUGUGUCAUAAUAAAAAACGGAAGUUCACUCAACUGAAUACUACUAUUCUAUUCAGAAAUGCUUUAUAAUUAGAAGUCAUGCUGGUUCACAUUAUUUUCCUUUAAAAAAUCGAUUUUGAAAAUAAUUCUUAAUAGCUGUUGUUGCAAACGCUCGUAUUUGUUUUUCGAAGCCGUACAAGGAUUCAACUAAUUAAAUGAACAAAACAAUUACAUUCUAUUUUUCUUUACUACCAAGUACGAUGGCGACCAUAAAAUUUUGGUAGGUAAUGUCAUUAUGGAACUUUAUCUUUUUGUCAAAAAAAGUUCUUUCCCUGUGUAAUUUUGACAAGAGGGUAUAUUAGGGAAUGACAUUGACUACUAAAAUUUAAUACUCGCCAUUGUACCUAUUCGAUACCCAGAUAUAUAUACUAUAUACUACAUUUCAGUUCCAUGCAAUAAAGAAUCUUAGGAGAAGGUGUGGAUAAAAAGUCUGUAAUUGCGCCAACUCGAUUAGCCACCAUAAAAAUGUGUUUGAGAUUAUUCUUAUAGGAAUGAAAGACACCAGUUGGUGUUUAAAUAUUUGUAAUUUAUGUCUACUUAUUUAAGAAUCUGUGUUAAAAUGUUAAAAUUACUUGUUAAAUAUUCAUACUUGUAUCUUAUAAGAACAAUAAUAAGAAGAAAGUCAUCGGUGUAUGUGCAGAGUUGGGAAUUUAUAAAUAACUUGGGAGUAUCUAGUUUAUUUAAAAAAAGUCGUUUGUUUAUCGUUGAUGUGCGCUUCCUAUCAAACAAUAUCCGGAAGAAGUCGAUUCGUGACUCGCGAGGUCAUACGUUAUAACCGCUUAAAACAAUCGCACGACGUCUUCGCCGACGUCAUCACGAUGUAACUCGAUCGUGCCGUUGUCGUUCUUCUUUGAAAACGAACGAGUUUCUCGGGCCGUGUACACCACACCGCAAUCCACCGUCGGUCGGUGAACUUGCUGCGGGUGUCGGCAAGCUGGCAAACCGAUGUUUAUUAUAUGCCCGUUCGUUUCUCGCAUCUCUCCCUUCUUACUCUCUUCCGAUCUAUAUCUAUUUUUGUCUGACUCAUGAACGUAAAAAUCGUCAUGUCUCUGUUUAGUCGGCCAGCCGGUUGUAUAAGCACGGUACGGUGUUGUCACGAUAAAUGCAAGGUUGCCAAAUCGGAUUAUAACCGACUGACUCAGCGAUUAUGAUGUGGUUUUGUCAAGGACGAGAAGUGUGUGGUUUCGUCGAUGAUUUUUCGGCCGGAAAUCUGUAGGAAAGCUUGAGGGUUUUUGAGAAUGCCGAAAGAAAAGUUUUUCAACGGUUAAAAACCGUUGGGAAAUUUUCAGUUUUCGACAUCUGGAGCACGUGGCAUUAGAACGAACCGUUAAUUGUCACGUGGUACGUAGACCAGGUGUCUAAAUUUAUUUCGGGAAAAAUUCUAAUAGGAAUAAAGUUUUAAAGGGAUUUAGACAUGGAAUAUUGAGGUUUAAGCAAAUUAUUUUCGAGUUCGUUGCAGAUGUUCAGGGUUAUGGUUUUUAUUCGGAAUGCAUGCGAUGACGAAUGACAAAAAAUUAAAAAAAAGGAAGCUGUAUUUGCGGUAACGGUUAUUUGAUAUUUCAAGUGGCUAUUUGCAGAAUUAGUGUUGGAAUCUAUUUAGCUAUGUGAUUCAUGGAUCUUCAUUAUAUUAUAUUUUUUACUUUCUGAUGUAACAAAGAUUGUUAUAGAUAUGUGACAUCAAAUUAAACACAAAUCGUGUUUUAUUUCAUUCUUCAAAAUCCUGUAAUCCUAAACCAAGUUAAAACCAAGGUCGAUCAAUAAAAGCCGGAUUUAGAGAAAAAUGGAGGUAUUUUUUAGAUAGUAACAAAAAAUUUCAAUAGAAAGAUUGAAAAAUUCUUCUUCACAAGUGUUUAAUAGCUUCGUCCUUCAUGAAUAUUUUGGAAGGAAUUGAAAAUAAGGUUUUCUGUUCAAUUAUUACUUUUCUAAUCGAAAUUCAGUUGAUUUAAUUCAAUUAGUUUUGUAUGAUUUUGAUUUAAAUUUAAUUUUCAAUAACAAUACGUACACAUUCGAUUUUGCAUUUAUACCAAGAGUUUGUCAAAGGUCUAUCUUCAGAGUUUCUACAAAAAUUCAAAAAGUUUAUUAAAAAACAUUUUUUUAAGUUGCAUAAAAGUUCAGCAAUGUUUUACAUUGUCUUGUAAUGAUAAUUAACAUAAAAUAGGUAACUAAGAGCGUAAUAAGAAAUCCAUACUAUUUUUAAUUUGUAUUAUAAUAAUGGAACCAUGGAGGUAGACUAUACUAGGUCCAUAAUGGAACACAAUAAUGUAUUCAGAUAUUGUCACUAAUUUAUUUUGGUUUCGUACUUUAGUAGGGACUCUUAGUUAUAAUGAUAUAAAAUGGUAUUAAUAAAAAAUACAAAUUUUGACAAUAGUUUUUAUAAUAUGUAUACACAUACAGUUAGAGACAAUGUGUCAAUGUGUGUCAGUGUCAAUGUCACUUGAGUGACAUUAAAUUGUAAAGAAUACUUUAGGACUGUUAAUCUUAUUUUUAGUGAAUAUUAGAUCAUAUGAAUAUCAAAUUGUUGUCAUUCAGAACAACUUUUUACAAUUGACAUCUUCUGAAAGUAAUUUUAAUUUAUUCUUUUGCGCCACCGUUACGUUCCCGACUUAGCCUUCUUAGAGCGACGAAUAAGCUGUCGGAACACUGACCCUCUUCUAGCGUUUUAUUUUUAGCAAGUGCAUGCACGUUAUCGCCUUUAAAAAAAUUCCAAAUAAAAAUAAAUUGCCCUAGUAAAGAUCAAUAAAUCUGCCUUACUGAUCGUCCGCUAAAACGCUUCUCUGCAAAUUCGGUGCCCCCGAACUGUCUACCGCAUUUUAAAUCGAAUAAAACACGUCGUUGGCGACGGUGUCCGCAUGAUUCUGCGACGGCGGCAAUGAUGCGCCGAAUCCUUUUGUCGCAGGUGAAUUCGAAAAACGGCUGGACCGAGAUCUUGGACCAGUUGCGUCUGCCGAAGGAGUGCGUCAACGGCAGCGUCGCCCUGAAACAGAUCUACCUGAGGUACUUGGAUCGGUGGGAGAAAGUGCAUUUCUUAGGAGAAGAGGCCGACAGAGGCAGCGACGACGAUGAAGAGAGCAGACACAAGAGGUGGUCGGCGAGGGCGUUACAUUCCGUACCGCUCACGUAUAAUUAUAAUCAGCACGUGAUAGCAGAUACGAACCGAGAGUACAACCAUUUGUCGACGAAUAUAUACAAAUCGUCUGAUUACGACAGGUUAGCCUUAUCGUUGAUAUCUCCGUUACCCAACGAGCAAGAUUUUGCCAUAAACGUUUGUACUUUACUCUCCAACGAUGGCAAACACACACUCAAGCUCGACAAACAUCCGAGGAUCGUCGAUUAUCUUUUGGCACAUGCUGGUGUUUUUUGUCAUAGCUCUCUCCGACGUCUCUUCGUACACAGUUACUCGACGAUCAGAAAACACCCCAUUCACAAUUUCUGGUCGGAAGUGCUCGAAUCGAAGGAAUUUUUGGAUCUCACCGACGAAAACUCUGUCUUUAUAAAAUCUGAAGGUGUCGAUAGUAGUGAAAGCGCGAAUUGCGGACUGCCGAAAAUCGUAGAGGAAAAAUGUGAUUCUGAUAGUGACUGUGAAAUAACGGAUAAUAAACGAUUUAAAAUAACCCCAAGUGAUCGUGAACUGUUCUGUUUGGAACGCGGACUCGGUACCCAAGACUAUAUCGGCCAGAGAGUGCUUCAAGUGACUACAAUUUUGAGGAAUCUCAGUUUCAUCGAAGAAAACGUAUUGAUUUUAUUACAAAACAAGACUUUUUUGCGGUUUUUGUUAUUGUGUGCGUCGUCGAGGUGGGGCUAUUUGAAGAAUUUAGGCUUGGACAUGUUGGGUAACAUCGCGACGGAGUUUUUAGUCAAGGAUUAUCCCAACGAUAGAUUAGCGGCGAUUUUAUUAAAAAUUAUUGUUAAAGGCUUGAAAAGUGAAGAUCGAGCAUUGUGUAUUUCUUCACUGGAAGUUUUAAAUAAAUUAAGUCAGAAUGAACUGAACGAAGAAACACUUUUGCGAUUUUUAGAAGUUGACGUUUACGAAAAAGUCUGUUCGUUUUUGACGAUCCACGAUGUGAUGUUACUCAUUUACACUUUGGAGUGUUUGUAUUCGUUAUCGUCGCUUGGGGAACGUUCCUGUAAUUUAAUUGUAAGCAAUCACGGCGUGGUUGACACUCUUGUAUCUUUAGUAACAGUCGAAGGGAAAAGUUACGGACCGAAAGCUUGUAUCGGGAUGAAAUUAGUGGAGACACUACCAGGUGGUGUUAGCACGACGGCUAGUCAAGCGAUAACGACGCCGGCUGCUACCACGACGAAUUCUACUGUUGCCAAUACCUCGACGACUACGACGGCCACCAGUGCGGUUUUAUCGACAAUUACGGCCGUCAAAACAAGUGUACAGACGACGCCAGUGAGGACGGUCCAAAUUACACCUCAAAGGCUCUUGACUAUUUCGCCGAGUUCUUCAACCGUAACAACGACUCCUACGACGCCAGCACAGACCAUGACUCCCCAGCAGCUCAUCCAGCAACAGCACGCUCAUCAGCAGGCCAUCCACGAGAACGAGCAAUUCGCUUUGGCGUGGCUGAGGGCCACCUACGAGCCCUGCGUCAACGGUAAAGUUGAUCAUCAGGAGUUGUACAAACAGUAUCUUAAUUCGUGUUCGAAAAUCGGUCGACGAGGGGUGAUUUCACCCUUGCAUUUUCCGAGAUGCGUUAGGUCAGUAUUUGGCGGGACGGUUGGCCCGAAUCCGAUGAAGCCGUCCAGCGCGAACGAGCCCCAGUAUUAUGAAGGGAUAAAGGUGCGAGCUCAACCUCUCAUUAUUAAUAUCCAACCGGCUUCCACCAAUCCCGUCACCCCACCACCACAGCCCACAAGUACUAAAGGAUCAAACAGGCGAAAUAAGCAAACGGCCACAACAAGUCCCUCACAAACGCCAACUUUGACGGUCAUGGCCGACAAUAGUAAUUCCAACGACACUAUGAAUAACCCACCCGUCUCUCCCGCCUCACCUAUCCUCAAGGCGCAGCUAAGUGCUCCCCCCAAACAGAGGGACGCCACUGUGGCUUCGCCGCCCACUAGUAAAGGCGAUAUGAAAAGUCAGGUCAUGGCACAUCCGCAUUUGAGCCAAGCUUUAUUGGGCAGUAAUUCAGCGCAGACGACCGCCGGCUCAAGUAAAGAUAAUCAGGCAGGUCAAAGCAACACGUCACUCAUCAAAAGCUUACUGGCCACAAAGGUAAACGAUUGCAUGACUACAGUGAGCAUGAGGACUGCAACAGACUGCCAAAAUGUAGCUCAGGUCGUUGCGCGUCAACAAAAACUCCUGGCCCAACAAGUGAACGCGACUACUGCCACAACGACGACGACGUCUACAACAGAUAAGACGCCAGUCAAGACUGAAAAUCAAAAAUCACGAUUGAACGGCGCGCGUCAAUUGUUUCCCGAUGGUGAAGUGGGCGACCCUUCCGUUUCAUCUACGACACAAUUUACAAAUAUGUUCAAGGGUAAAAAAGAACCACCUCAACCACCACCUCCGUUGGCUCCUUUAAGCAAUAAUAAAAAAUCAUCGCGUAUAGACAACGAAGAUAGCGAUUCUACCGGUAACAAUUCGUUAGCAUCUAGUUCGGGUGUGGGGACGAUCUGUAUAGGGGGGAUAUCGUCGACGGAAGAUGGUGAUAAUUCCUUGACGAGUUUCGAGGGUAUUUUGAACGGGAUUCCGAAUAUUGAUAAUCCGUUAAACGAGGAUAGCAAUUCGAAAGAUUCGAUAAAAGUCGGUGGUGAGAUUUUAAAAAAUAAGCCAUUGAGACUUGCCGAUUUGUUAGAAAAGAAGGUGGAAAAGACACCCCCGACAAUGAUGAACGGAACGCUAGGUAAAGAGUUACGGUUAGACCUGGUUGAGAAUCACAUUGAGAAGGCACUAAGUCGCGAAAAUGAAAACCAUGAAGAGGAUAAGAAAAGCGUUAAGCGAACCGCAAGUGAAGAAAUCGUCGAAAGCGAACCGAAAAAAGCCAAAUUGAAUGUCAAUGGGUCCGCGGGGGCGGAUUCCCCUGCACCCGAUUCGGUUUCAAGUUCAAAUGGUGACGAAAGCUCGACACAGGUGUCUACAGCAGCGGCUAAACUUUUCGCCGACAUUGCGGCUGAUAUUCUCGAAGGAGAAGAUGAGGAACAACUCAUGCAAGAAGCAUCAAAUCCUCCACCCGUUGAACAAUCACCAGUGGCGACGCCCUCUACACCGGUCCAACAAUUAUUAGUUGAUAACAAUCAACAAGUAUUAUUGACCCAACCGAGACAAAUAAUUGUUUCACAGCCGAAAACUCAGACUGGCCAAACUGUGAUAGUACAAAAUGCCGGACAACAAAGAACUCCAAUGGUUUUGCAACAAAAUACGGGACAAAUUCUGUUGUCUCAAGGGUUGCAAGGCCAAGUCCAGCUAGUCGCGAGUACGACACAACCGGGGCAAUAUGUGCUGCAAACUAGUGGCACGCAAGGGACAUACAUGGUGGCGCAGCCUCAAACAGCAGUAGUUCACGGACAGCCCCAAACCGUCUUGGUGGCCCAAACGGCACAACAGCAGGGUAGUGGCACUAAAACUAUAAUUAUUCUUCAACAACAGCCCUCGUCCACACAGAAAGUAGUCCUUCCCCAAGGACAACAAAUGGUCGUCACGCAAGUACACAGGCCGGUAUUGCAGAGUUCUACAGUGACUAAUAAUGUGGUACCGACGACGUCAGUGAUAAAGACAACGCCAUCGUCGGGGACGAGUAACGGUGUUGUGGAAAAAAAGGAGGAAAAGCCGAAAAUUAUAAGGGAUUUAACGACGCCCUUUGUGUGCGAAUGGGGGGAUUGUAAUGUGGAUACUAAGUUUAAAUCGGCCAAUCAGGUGUAUUUACAUGUGUGCGAAGCACACGUUCCUAAAGGUAGUGAAGAAAUUGUCUGUCAAUGGGACCGUUGUGAUAAUAUGAAAAGGAAGAGGUUUUCGUUGAUGACUCAUCUAAAUGAUAAGCACUGUAAUACUGAGGCUAUGAAACAAAGUUUAACGCGUCGAAAGCAAGUAUCACAAGGAGGUAAAGUAGAGCCUCCUCCCCCCGCUCCUACGUCGCACCCUGGUUACGCUCCUGACGCGGCAUUGCAUGCCAUCAAGAGGCACGCGUUGGAGUUUGUUAAUCCCAAAGAAUUACAAAAAACGCCGGCAAAGCAGGGCACACCGAGUGUGCCUGCUCCUCCGCCCCGAGCCGGGCCCACUCCGCCCGAACAGGAUGACAAUGAGGGUCCCGUGACGAAGAGUAUAAGAUUGACAGCGUCGUUAAUCCUUAGGAAUCUCGUUAUUUACAGCAGUAAUUGUAGAAGGUACUUAAAGCACUACGAGCCUCAUUUAGCGAAUGUAGCCCUUAGUAACGUAGAGUCGUCGAGGACGAUAGCACAAGUUUUGUACGAUAUGAACGAAGGAUCGAAUCACAGGUGACCGGCACGCAAAAGGACGUUAGUUGUUAGGGACGCCCAGUGAAAGUGUGUGAAUUUUGACAAAAACCUGUCUGUAAAUUAUUAAGUGGAAGUGUACAAAUGUUUAGAUUGAUAGGUACUAAAAGCCUAAUGAUUGUUAUUUUUAUAUUAUUUACUAGUGUAAACAAGCUUCUGGAAUUAUGCAAAUUUUUAUUUCAGUCAUCGUCGUAAAUAAACAAUUUUCUAUCUGUGCAAUUUAUUGAAUUUGAUCGAAUUGUAGCUACUGUAAAUAAUUCCAAACAUGUACGGUGGAUGAUCAUAUUAAGAUUUUUUGUUGAUACUUGUGAUAUAUAAAGCACAUCGUUUAUUUAUCAGUAUUAUCUGAACCUGUAACUUGGUAUUGUUUCGAAAUUUCUGUGAGGUAACAGAAUCUCUAGUUGACUGAUUUUGUGUUAUACAUGAGAAGAAGUGUUAUGGUACUAAUUUUCAUGUGCUUAGCAUAUCCACAUCUUAACUUACCAGUAAAACUCUGUAAAAUGUUUACUAUUAUAAAAGAAAAUAAACUGCAUUUAAUGUGA